AUGGAGUCAUUCUCCUAUAACGUUGCAGAGAGAGUGUUGGAAAGGCUUGCUUCCCAUGCUUACCAAGAAUUGUUUUUGGCAUUUGAUGUCAAAUAUGAGUUGAACAAACUUCGGGAAACCCUAUCAACCAUCGCAAAAGUUCUUCUCGAGGAGGAAAAACAGCGGAAGGAUCACCUUCUCACUGAUUGGUUGGGAAAGCUGAAAGAUGUUAGCUAUGAUAUAGACGACGUCCUCGAUGAAUUCGAGUUUCAAAAGUUGCGGAUGCAGGUGCUCGGCCUUGGGACUGGGAGUGACACCAUCAAAGGAAAGGUGAUUGCAGCUGCAAAAGCUCAAUUCAAUCUCGCCGAACGAUCUGUAGAUUGGCAUGGCAUGCACAUGGAGAGGGAGACCCACUCUUUUGUGCACGCCCCAGAUGUUAUCGGGAGAGAGAGCGAAAAAGAAGAGAUUGUCGUCCAACUCUUUAAGGACACUCACACUGGUCCAGGUGAUGAGGAGAAUGUUUCUGUUAUUUCAAUUAAUGGAUUAGGAGGAUUGGGAAAGACUACGCUUGCUAAAUUGGUGUAUAAUGAUAACAGGGUAGUGACCAACUUUGAGUUAAGAAUAUGGGUUUGCGUAUCAGACGAUUUUGAUAGUAAAAGAUUGCUUAGCGAAAUUGUUACUGCGGCAACCAGCCAAAAAUGUGGUGAUGAAAGUAUUGAACAGAUGCAAAUGAAGUUGCGACGUGCUUUGACUGGUAAAAAACUUUUGCUGGUGUUGGAUGAUGUCUGGGACAAGGGGCCAAUGGGAAUAACAGUCAAAAAAUGGAUUGAUUUAAAAUCUUUGUUAAAUGUUGCAGCUUGCGGGCGUAAAAUUAUUGUAACAACGCGCAAUGAAUCAGUAGCUUUGCUUAUGGGGGAUGCACACAUGCAUCUGUUGAAAGUUCUUCCCCUCUCAGAUUGCAUGACCAUAUUCGUAAAAGUGGCAUUUGCAAGAAGAGAAGAGCAAAACCAUCCGAACUUGAUGAAAAUAGGGGAAGAUAUUGUGAAAAGUGUGGAGGGGUUCCCCUUGCCUUGUAUACCCUAG